GUAUAAUGUGAGCAAUUGGUGGAGAUAACAGUACAUCGGGUGAUGCGUUGUUUAUAGUAUCAGGUGGUGUUGUAGUUUGGCAAUAAAUAAUACAAAAUGUGGAGUCCAACUCACGUUUUAGUUACAGUCCAUAGAGCCAGAGGAUUGCUGACUAAAGGCAGGAAUGGAACCAAUGAUGCCUUUGUUACUAUUGCACUUGGUAAGGAGAAGUAUCAGACGUCAGUCAAGGAGAAGGCAGACAAAGAUGUCGAAUGGCAUGAAGAAUGUGAACUGCCAAUACCUAAACAAGGAAAUACAGCUGAAAUUGUCUUGACAGCAUUACACCACAAUUUUAUGGGUGUAGAUGAAUUCCUAGGAGUAAUUAACAUUCCUCUGGCAGACUUUGAUGUGUAUGAAAGGCCAAGAUGCAAAUGGUAUGAGCUGAAAAGUAAACCUGGUAAGGAGAAACAGAAACACAGGGGAGAACUUGAAGUGAAAGUAACAUUUAUAGUGAAAGCUGGAAGCCUCACUGAUCUAAGUAAAAAAGAAAAACACAAGUCCCUUGGACAGUUGUCUCACAUGGCACAAUCUGUUGGUGGCAGUCUACUCAGUAUUGGAAGUUUGGAAAAGAGGAAGAGCUUGAAGAAAAUAGCCAAAAGUAUAGGAAAGAAAGUGGGGAAAGGCUCAAAUAGCAAGUUGAAGGAAGAGUCAUUUGAUGGAAAUCUUGGUCCCAGCCACCGAAGAAUUGGCCAGAUCGCUGGAGAAGCUGACCCUGGUGUAAUCAGUGAAGAUGAGGAUGAAUUCACUUUUGAUGACCUGUCUCACAAAAGUUCCCUGAGUUCUCUGAGUACAAGUCAGCAAACGGCAGCAACUCCACCUGCUGGAUCCCUUGAAAAUUUGGCAGGAGGAGAAUUUUUGCGAAGAACAAACAUGACUGGUACAGCUUCUGUUCCACCUAAGCCACCAAGAAGUGUUUCACAGGAUAAGACUGUUGAUGAAUGGGAACAGAAAUUAUAUGGAAAGCAGGGGAAAGAUUCAGUUAUUAAUAAUUCAGAUACACUAAAGAGAAGGUCUUGGGAUACAUCGAAGUCAUUUACUAUGAGUCAGUGUGAAGAUAAAGAAUUUGAUAACAUCACUCAUGCAAGCACACCAGCAAUUGUCCGCGCAAAUACAAUAGACACUCCAGUGGCAGCAUUACGAAAGGUUAAUGAAGAUAUUCCAAGAAAUGUUACUGAAACCAUCACACAUGAUGAUAAAGAAAAGGAAAAAACAAAAGAAAAAGAAAAAGAUAUCUCAAAACUUGCAAGACGCUUUAAUAAACAUUUUCGUAAAGGUGAUCCGAAGAAUGAGGAAGCUAUACCAGAGGUGAAAACUCCUACUGCAGAAGAGCGAAUAAUUAUAGGUGGUGAAAAUGAUGAUAAAAGAGUCCGUACUUGUGGGAAUAAAACACCAGAUUCUGUUAUCCAAAAAUAUGAAAAUAAUACCAAAGAAGAAUUGAUUUCAAUAAUAUAUAACCUUCAGCUCACUGUUGAAGACCAAAACAAGAAAGUGAAAGAUCUUGAAGACUAUCUGGAUAAUUUACUGCUGCGAGUAAUGGAAACAACUCCUCGUAUCCUCCAGAAUCCGUAUGAACAUGGUUUCUGUGAGAGAGCAAAGUAUUUAUUAAGAAACUACUGAGAAUCCAGAAAUACACUUACGUUAGUGUCAGUUUCUUAAACAUGAUGAUAGCUGCCAGCAUCUGGUGAAGAAAAUCUUAGCUUCUAG